GAACAAAUACUCCGUACUUUCUUUAAAGUAUCUUCGUUGAUCAACUACGCCGGCUUCUUCCUCCGGUCAGAUCUAUUCGCUGGCAGCUAUAGAUGCUCUCCGGCAACUCCGAAUCUUCCUACUCCGGUCGGUUCUUAGAGAAUAAAGAUCUGGUUGUUUACAAAGCUAUUUUCCAAGGACUGCGUCAAUGAAGAAGGAAGACAGGGACCACCUCCAGUGAGAGAAGGAUGGCGAUUAUGAUCUCCUGUGAAGGGAGGGCGGCAGGCAGUGACGAUCUAGGGUGAAGAGAGAACGACGGUCUCUAGUGAAGGGAGGACGACAGACUGGCAGGGACAAUCUAUGGGGAACGUGUAGCGGCAGAGAAGCCAACUUUAAUUUCGACGUUGGAUUGUUUAGUGGGUCGAUGAUUUCAAUGGGAAUAUUUUAGAAAUUUAGAGCAAGAGCAAUGACAAGGAGAAAGUGAAAUGCCACACGCUGACGUGUUAUAUUUUGACCAAUAAAAUAUAGUCCAGUCAUGCAGUGUCACAUGAGUUGAGUGGCAAUUCCUGCAAUGACAAAUGCCACGAUAGGUGGGGUGGAACGCCCCUGAAUUGCCUCGCGCCUCGCCUCCACUCGCUGAUGUGGCAGGGCGUGUCAUUCCUUUGACACACCGCUGGUGAUGCUCUUAACCCCAUUUUUCUCCUUGCCUUGCAAAUGGAUGUACAUCCGGGACCUAUUUUACGCGAUGUUUUAGUAAUUGAAGCGGGAGACCAUAGGUGUGAUGCGGUUUGGGCCGAAGAAGAAUAUGCUAAAAAAGUAUUAAAGUGUCACAGGACUUGUACUAGUUUGUAUACGAGGACUCUUAUUGUUAAUAGACAGGUUCGUGUGAGUGAGUUUUUACGAGAAUACGGAUUUUAUGGGGUUGAGAAAGUUGGUGGCUUGCAGUUGGACUGUGCUUUGAUCACAGCUCUAGUGGGGAGAUGGAGGCCCGAGACCCAUUCAUUCCAUCUUCCCUUCGGAGAGGUUGGAAUUACUUUGCAGGAUGUAGAGGUUUUGCUUGGAUUGCCCAUAGAUGGCAAUCCAUUGGCGGGGAUGACUGGCCGAUCCAAAGAUCAGUGGAUUCAGAUUUGUGCGGACAUGAUGGGAUUUAGGCCUCAAACAUCCGACAUUACUUCUACUAUGAUUAAGAUGUCUGCCAUUGUUCCUAAGGAACUAACAGAUCAGAGUUUAGAUGUAGAUUACUUGCAGCAUGCUAGAGCUAUUAUGUUUAAGUUUGAUGUUCUUGAAGAUGGAUUCCAAGGCGUGGAAUCUGUCUAUGGUAAAUUUUCCAGACAUCAAUCUAGGGUUUAUGUUGGUUUACGACCUCUCCCAAUCAACGAUGAACCAAUAUGGAGGCAUUUUAUACGAAAAGCAUCACGUGAAUAUGAUGUAGUUGAAGUAUUCAUCGGGGUGUCUAAAAAUGUUGAGGAGGAAGCGGAUGGUAAUCCAUUCUUCCACCAACAAAUGGAUCAGCCCUCUUCAUCCCAUUUCGCUCAACAUAUUGACAGCGAUCCAGAUGAUGCUGAGUACAUUGCACCCUCAACGGAAGAUGAAGAAUCUUCGGAAGAGGAAGAGGACAUAUCUGCAGAUGAAGGAGAAGAUGGCCAGGACGUUCGUGCAAUGCCACAAUUACAUGACCGGCAAAGUCACGUACUAAAUCUGUCGUUGAGGCCAAUGUUCCACAUCCCAAUUAUUGAGGUCGACAACAGGCACGGUGGUAUUGAUCACGCAUUCAAAAAUAUUCCAGAAUUGCAGGGAGGUCAAGUCACUCGAAGAUUUUGUCUCCACCAUGUGCGAAGCAAUUUCCAUAUCAAGUUUCCAAGUAAGAAACUGAAGAACAUGAUGUAUAAAGCUGGUAAGACCCCUAGCAGAAGUGAGUUUGAGCAGACGCUUCUCCAGAUAGCAUCCAAAAAUCAAGAAGCAUAUAACUGGCUUAGGGCUAUUCCAAAACACAUGUGGGCAUUGUCCCACGAUGAAGGUGGCUCACGCCAUGGUAUUACGACAACAAAUUCAUCAGAAAGCUUCAAUCAUGUCCUUAAGGGAUGUCGUUGUUUACCUAUCUUUGCCAUUGUGAGGUUCACGUAUGACAAAUUGGUCAAGCUAUUUGUUGAUAGGCGAACCAAUGGAUAUUUGUGGCAACAAUCUGGGUAUAAUUUUCCAAUGAAUGUGUGGAAAAAGAUCAAGAACAAUGAAGAAAAUAGGCUUUAUUGUCGUGUUGUACAGCACCACGCACAGCAUGGGAUAUACUCUGUGGUUGUGGAUGGGUCCUUCAACAAUGGUCACCGCGAGACAUUUGUGGUGAAUUUAAAUGGACGGACAUGUACCUGUGGAGAUUGGUCCUACAUCAACGCUUAUUCGGACAUGCUAAUGCCGCUUCCCGAUGAGGCCGACUGGCCUACCUCAGGAUACGAGAUUCGAAUGCGCUCUCUUCUCCUCAUUCGUCACUCUCUGCGUCAUUCAACAAUGGCCUCUCCCAAACUCUAUGCCCUUUUCGUAUUCCUUCUCUCUUUGUUUUCGCGUCACUCUGCCUCCGACGACUCCUCCUCCUGCUUCCUCGGAAUGAACUACGGCCGGAUCGCCGACAACCUUCCGUCUCCGUCCAAGGUAGUUGAGCUGCUCAAGAGUCAGGGGAUCCGCCGGGUCAAGCUCUACGACACUGACUCCGAGGUUCUCGCCGCUCUUUCCGGAUCUGGCAUAACCACCACUGUCGCGCUUCCCAACGACCAGCUGUCCUCCGCCGCCGCCGCCGACCGGACCUUCACCGACUCCUGGGUGCGGUCCAACGUCGUGCCGUACAAGUCCAUCAUCGAGGCCGUCGCCGUCGGCAACGAGGUGUUCGUCGACCCGGCGAACACAACCUCGUACCUCGUCCCGGCGAUGCGGAACGUCUACGCCUCGCUGGCGA